UACAAACACUUCUUCUCUUCUAUUCAUCAGCAUAUCCCAAAGACUUGAAGCAUUUUCAGACAUUACAUCAGAUUCUUUACCAUGAAAAUGGCAAUGAUCCUAGUCCUUGUCUUCGCCCUCUUUCUCCAAGGAGCUCUUGGUGACAUUGUAUGUGAGGAGUUGUCCGUUGGAUUGUGCUCUUUCUCAGUCGCGUCUACUGGGAAGCGAUGCUCGUUGGAGACUUACACUGCGAGUGAAGGAACUGUGGCAUACCAAUGCAAGACAUCAGAGGUGGUUGUGAAGAACAUGCCCGAAUGGAUUGAGAGCGAUGUCUGCAUUAGUGCUUGUGGUGUUGAUAGAUAUGCCAUUGGCAUCUCAUCUGAUGCCCUCCUCGAGUCCCAAUUCACCGCUAAGCUUUGCUCGCCAGGUUGUUACUACAGUUGCCCCAACAUUGUUGAUCUCUACUACAAUUUAGCCCUCGGAGAAGGUGAUAAUCAAAAUUUUUAUUUGAUUAAGCAUAGAAACAUAAAUGUUUUUGAAAACGUUUUGGAUUUUUGUGAAAGGGAAAGCAUUUCAAUCUAG